GGCUCCCCAGGCUGCUGGCGCCCGGCUCUAGUGCCUGGCGGUCUCCGGUUUCCGCGUCGGCUCCCGCGGGGACUUCGGUCUCAGGACCUCGCCCGCCUCCACCGCGGCCCACCGAGCCCCAAGGGGAGCCAAGAAACCAGCGGAGCCCUCAGAACUCCGGGUCCGCCGGGCGAGGAGCCAUGCCGUGCCGGAGGGAGGAGGAAGACGAAGCCGGCGAGGAAGCAGAGGGAGAGGAAGAGGAGGAGGACAGCUUUCUCCUACUGAAGCAGUCGGUGACUCUGGGCGGCUCGGGCGAGGUGGACCGGUUGGUGGCCCAGAUCGGCGACGCGCUGCAGCUGGACGCGGCGCAGGACAGCCGGGCCUCCCCGUGCGCGCCCCCGGGGCUGCCUCUGCACCCCCCGCGGCCCCCCGCCUUGCCGCUGCUUCUGCCGCUGGGGUCAGCCGAGCCCACGGGCCCGGCGCCCCCGGGGGCCCUGCGCUGCGCUCUGGCGGACCGCGGCCGCGUGCGAGGCCGAACUGCGCCCUACUGCGUGGCGGAGCUUGCGGUGGGUCCCAGCGCACUGGCCCCAUUACUCUCUCAACCGGGCUUCGAUGGGCCAACGGGGGCGGGCAAGGGGGUUGCUCCGCAGACGCUGUCGGGCCCGUGCCGGCGAGAAUGGCUCCGAGGCGCCUCCACAUCCCGCAGCCUGCAGCAGCGACGCGGCUCCCUACCCGAAGCCCGCCCAGGCGACGAUGACCCGCAUAGUCUCCUGCAGCAGCUUGUGCUCUCGGGCAACCUCAUCAAGGAGGCGGUGCGGAGGCUUCACUCGCGACGGCUGCAGUUACACACAAAGCUUCCCCAGCGCUCGCUCCUGGGACCUGUGUCGGCCCCAGUGCAUGAGCCCCCUUCCCCUCGCAGCCCUCUCGAGGCCCGCAGUGACCCGGGUGCCUCUGGCAGGAGGGCGCAGCUCAGAACUGCAGACGGCAUCCUUGUACCCGGCAGCUAGUUCGCCAGGGUAGCCACGGUCCGG